AUGAUUGAUGCAGCCGGCCAACCUCCGGCACCAAGUUCACCACUGCAGCUCGCCAAGAUCCCGAUCGCCCAACUGUCACCUAGUCUCGAGCAGCGCCAGGGAAAAUGUAUCGAAGCAACCGUGACCCUGGUCUGGCCGUAUUCAUCUUCGACUAAGUCCCUCAGCCUCUUACUCGCCGAACCCGACUUCCGCCUACGACGUUUACACGGGCAAACCAAGGCGGUAUUUCAUGGGCGCGUUGCGGAGCAAGUUGCCGCAUCGCAUGUCGGUAUUGGUGACAAUAUUCGCCUGGCACUGCAACAUUCAAAUUUCGUUCCAAAUGACACAGCAACGCAAACCCCCGGGAGUGUGCCUCGUACAUCUCUCUCCAUAUCUGCGGAGGAUGAUGGGUUUGUUCCUGGCAAGGGAAGGAAACGGCCAAGAUACAGCUUGAAAAGGGACGAUUGGCAUGUUUUGGAAGAACCUAUGAGUCCACAGGAGCAGGAACCUGCGUUGAAUUGGUGGGAGAAAGAAUCCUGGGAGAAAAUGUCGGAAGGAAAUGAUGAUAUUGUCCCGGAGGUUGAUGGUUCUGAACCUCGGGAUGAGAAUAUGCUUCUUGAUGCGGAUCAAACCGAGGGAAAUGCGUCUCGGGAGCAGUCUCCUAUCUUUAUCAAGCCUUCUCUUGAUACAUCUGGUGGAAUUUUCGGCAAGCAAUCAACGGAAUCCAGCAAACUGUCACACGGACAAACGGAAAAUACCUUCCAACAGCGUCUGGUGUCAGCCUCCCACCUUCCUACGGAUACCCCACAACUCCGGCCUAUACCUUCGCCUGGUCUUCCAAUACCCUCGCCUAUUGUUUCAAAUCCAAAUAAUCCACAGGGAUACUUUUCGGGCUUUCACACUGUUUCUCCAACGCAGGGUGUGGAAUCUGUGUCUCUGGAAGCCAAUGCCAGCGUGACUGCUUCGGAACCCGUAUCCUUCCUUCACACCUCUCCUGUGUGUCCUCCUCAAGAAAUGCCAACAGAUGCUGAGUCUAUCUUCACGCCAGCUGGUCUGGUAGAUCACCAGUCACCGCCAAGUUCUAUGCUUGAAAUCCCGUCUAUGGACUUGGUAUUUGAACAAGCAGAACCCUUUGUCGAUGGCUCUGGUAUUCUUGGCGUCGCGGCCGAUUUAAAGCAUAUUGACGAGCCACUCUUGUCACCUGUCACGGAUCAGGUAGUAGCUCUACCAAGUGGAUCUGAUGGAGGUGAAGAAGUAGUGGGGAAUAACGAGGAUCGGGAGGAUCGGGAAGACCAAGAGGACCAAGAGGACCAAGAGGACCAAGAGGACCAAGAGGACCAAGAGGACCAAGAGGACCAAGAGGACCAAGAGGACCAAGAGGACCAAGAGGACCAAGAGGACCAAGAGGACCAAGAGGACCAAGAGGACCAAGAGGACCAAGAGGACCAAGACAUGGAAUACGAGGAAUAUUAUGGUUCCCAGUCAGGGUUCGAAGACGCUGAAGAUAAGAAUGGGGAUCCUCAGACUGGCUCGGGGUUCUUAAUCCAUGCGCAGGAGACAUCUGGUUCAGACCUCGCUCUAAAAUAUACAGAAACACUGGUGCAUGAAGAGGUUGAAAAUGAUGAGGGUGACCACUCUUCAGUUACAUAUCAGGUUAAACAAGAUCAUCACCCACGUCGUCCCAGUUUCAGUGACCAAGGGAGUCUUCCAGCUGAGGCGGAGGCUCUCUCCUAUGACGAUGAAGAUGAAGCGUCGGACUCUGAAACUGACUCCCAAUACGACCAAGCCACACAAGAAGCAAGUGAGGAUGAGGAAUCCGAGGCAAUUGAUCGGUCACGAGAACCUCCUGCGAGGCAUGAAGUCAUUGUGCUAGAUAGUGACAGUGAAGACGAGCUUACCUCCAACCGCCCAGAGAAUGUGCAGCCCAUGCACCAAGGACUCAUAUCAUCACGCCAUUCAACACCUCAACCGGAACAUGAAGAAUGGGAUAUGGUCGAAGAAGAAGAAUCUCAAUCAGAAGCCGAAUGUUCCGAAGAAGAUGAGAUCGACACUUUUGGGCAGGAUGACCGAGUCCACGAUAGUGAUAAAGAAGAUGAGUCAUCUGUUGACGUUUUGGCUCGAGAUCAUUAUCCGCAGAAGCGUUCAACGCGAGAGUCUUCGGUGAGCGAGCAGGAAGACAAUGGCGACAUUUCUGAGUCAGAGGGAGUGCCACCAAGUGAUGAUCAUUAUGAUAGUGAUCUCAACACGGGUGCAAAUACAGAAUCAGCGGUCGGCCUGCACGACGAAGAAGAACCUGGAAAGACUGAUGAGACUGCUUUCCUGCGGGAAGAUUCAGCACCUGCUAGUCAAAUCGAGAAGGCUUGGUCUGGCACAAAUGCAAACAAAUCAUACGGGCUGGACGGCCAGCACGAUGAGAAACCUGACGACGUGACGCCUUCACAUGCCAAAGUUCAAACUGGCAAUGAAGAAGUCGAACAUACUCCGGUAAAAUCCACCUGGCCGCAACUAUUGACUCCUGCCCCUACUCAGGAAGUCAAUGGCAUAGAAGCUUUUGAGCACAGUGAGAAUGUGCAGAACUCACCUUCACCGGAAAUUCCUGCAUUGGACGUUGUCUCAAGUGCUGCAGAUCAGCCGUCUGAGGAUGUCGUGACGUCGUCCCUUUUGGAGCAGAUAUUUGCCCCGGAGGUUGUGCUUGAUGAGAACCCCGCGGGCGAUCCACUAAUUGUCAUACCAACCACUGAGACCGUUCAGCCCGAAGAACAGCUAGGAACUACCGGAGAGGGAGGUCAGGAAGUCCCAGCAGUUAUCAUUAGUCAGCUUCCAGCUCCCGAUCGUCAUGCCCAUGGACUACGAAGUAAAUUGUCUUACUUCGCUCCUCUAGCCACACUUAUCGACCAUUUUGGUUCUUUAGUGGACACCAUCUCAAUUGUUCAUGAAGUAUCCACGAUUUCCAAGGCAACUUCUGGUCCGAAGGACUAUUUCAUAACCAUCCAACUGACCGAUCCGUCUAUGGCUGGAACUGUUCUUCAUGCCCAAAUAUUUCGCCGCUACAAAUCUGCAAUCCCGACUUUGGUCGAGGGAAACGCCGUCUUGCUCAGAAAUCUAAAAGUUCGCAGUUUUGAUCACACAAUCAUGCUGGUCAGUGUCGAAUCCAGCUCAUGGGCUGUCUUCGAUGGUUCUGGACCGGACGCACAAGUGACUGGUCCUCCAGUUGAAUACAGCGCAGAGGAGCGAGCUUAUUCAUCUGGCCUGCGAAAGUGGUAUGGCGAUUUUGGUGCAAGCAUGGUUGCCGAUCAUCAGCUUCAAGCCUCAAUCCUCAGAGAGAGCGUGGAAAGAGAAGGCAGUGCAAUUAUAAGUGAGUCAGGAAGUUUAGACUCAGUUUCUCGUGGGGACCCGAGUUCUUCCACUCGGGGAUCACGUCGUUCACGUAAAAGCCACCGGCGAGUUACCAUCCACGAACUCCGAGAUGGCCGUCGAUACACUGAGGUUGGAUCUCCAGGCACCAAAGAAAGCAUUCACGAAUUACGCGAUGGGACCCUCUAUGCCAACUUGUGA